ACUGUAAACACGCCCACCAACACUGGACACGGAACACACUGUCCUAUCAACUGGGCUGAGAACUAGCUGCUAACACAGAUAGCUUCCAUCAUCCCAGAACAUGAAGAGACGUCCGAUCAGAGCUGAGCUGCUACAUGAACUGUGAUGAAUAACAUCUCCUGGUCUAUGUGCAUCUUUCGUCCAUCACCAUCAUUACAGUCAAACAUUAAGUUAAACAUUUUAAAUGUACGAGUAGCUUGUGUUCCUCCAGUCUUUGGCCUUUACUCUUACACUAAACAGACGACUAAAUCAAUUGCUUUAAAAUGUGUAUAAAACACGUUUCCUCUCUAUGUGUUUCUUGUUAAAGUUGGCUGACGUGAUUUUCCGGUUUUAAGAAGUGAUGGGUGUUCCUAUUUUUCAACGGAGCAGACAUUGAGUCACAUUAGAAAGGAAAUAAUAUGGUUAUUUGUGCAGUUUAUCUGGAUUUUAUAAAAACGAAUCUUUGCAGUUGUUUCCUCUUCACAACAACUCAAACUAUGUCCAUGUUGAUGGACAGACGCUCAUAACGUUCCGGUCGUCCUGUAUGAGUCUCUGUCAGAGUGUUCUUCCUCCUCACGCUACACUUUAACAAUGAACACCAUCACUGAUCACACGUUUUUAGGACAAGUACAGUACUGAUGUUUACUUUGUAUCUGUUUGAUUCUAAACUCUCUAGAGUUAAUGCGACACAUAUUUAAACAUUUGAUCCAGUAAAUGCUCAAAUUAGAGUUUGUCCUUUUAAGCCUGAGGUGCAGCACACAAGUCUCAACUGAAUGAAUGCGACAUCAGUGUGGAAUCCACUGACCACUGUCAUAGACUUACUGUUGUAGACCGAUUUUUCAAUUGAACCCAUAUUUUGUAAAUUACAGCACACUUAUGAUAACAGCAACUGCUUAAAGCAGACAUUUCCAUCUAGGCUACAGCUCAACAUACACUUUAUGCAUAUAGCAUGUACAUCCACUGUCUAGCAUGUGACCCCAUUGUCUAAACCUUUGUUGCAGAAGUGGAUCCUUAGGUCACCUGAUCAAUAGUGACCUUUUGCUGUACUCUGGUUGAAUUCUGUUUAUCUACUCCGCUAACUGACAAACAUCCUUAUACCCCAGAAAUGAUGCAAUCUAUAAGUCACAUUUUAUAAACACAGAACAAUACAUUCACACACACCAUGUUUUUGGCCAGGGUGCACCCCACAACAAGACACUUAAAUAUGAGCACAGACACUUGUCUCAGAACCUUGUUUAUUGACCAAUUUCCACCACACUGUCUUUAAAACUUUUUAAAGCACUUACUUAAUAAAACAGAGUUCCUAUUUGACUGAUGGUAUUAACUGAUGAAAAAGUAUAUAUGUGCAGUUAUAUAGGAAAUUGUGUAUGUUAUACAUUUAAAUGCAUCAAGAUGCAUUGUUCUGCAUUCAAAUAGUUAUGGAAUCGUGUGUCUAGUGAAGAUGCACACCUCGAGUGAGCACACGGUCAUCGGCAGUCAUGGCAGCACCUCCCAGCUCCUGUCCCACUUGUGGUGAAACAUGCGGACUGCGUUCAGAGCCACAAGAUGUUCUCUCAGUUACCUCAGGGGGUUUUCUACCUCUGCAAUGGAUGCCAUGUCAGGAUACAUGCAGGCGAAUGUGGCCAUCCUGCCCAAUCAUCUGGCCGAUGACUUCGAAGCCUUCUGUCAGAGUAAUCCCGCCUCCUUGCCUCUUCUUUAUCGCAGCCAAUCAGGAGAGACCUCCUGUCCGCCUCUGGCUCGACAUGCCGACAUAAGUCCAGCAGACACACUGCUUAUGACAGAUAUGUCUCAGUACUGUGUGUAUGAGAAGGGUCAACUCAUGAAAACAGUCUCCAGUCUGCAGAGCUACACCGAUCAGGCAAGGAAUGCAUCAGAUCAGCAGGAUGUGCAUCAUGGCCAUCAGUGGUCAGACAUGGUGUGUUUCUAUCUGGGCUGCAGCUUUGGCUUUGAGGGCAGACUGAAGACAUCAGGAGUCCCAAUUAGGAACGUGGAGCAGGGCAGAAACGUCAGCAUGUACAGGACUGCAGUUCCCUGUAUCCCUGCUGGAGUGUUCAGCUGCCCUGUAGUUGUCAGUAUGCGUCCUGUUCCAGCUGAGAAGCUGGAUGCAGCAGUGGAGGUUUCUCAUCUCAGCCCACUAUCACAUGGAGCCCCUAUACACAUUGGAGAACCAGCUGUCCUAGGCAUACUGGACCUGUGCAGACCUGACUAUGGGGACCGACUUGAGCUGCAGCCUGGUGAUGUCCCUGUCUUCUGGGCCUGCGGAGUGACUGCUAUACAGGCAAUACGCAGCACCAAGCCUUCGCUGGCAUUCAGUCACUCACCAGGCUCUAUGUUCCUGACCGACAUUCCAGACUCCCCUACUUCCACCAUAUCCACUCCCUCUGACAGCAGGAACACUCCAUACAUCGAACCCAACCCUGGGCUGAUCCCCCUCUGCAUCCUGGUAUCCCACAAGCCCUUGCUGUACAGCCUGGCAUCUCAGAGGGCAGUGUCAAGGAUCAGAGAUCUGGAGAAGAUUAUUGGAGAGGACCCAGGUCAACGGGGGAUCCAAGUUUUAUGCACUCAGGAUGAACUUUUGCGCUCCAGUCUUGCUCUCUCCCACUCUUCCUCCGUUGCCAUAACAACCGGCUUCCCUACACACUACAUGCACAGCCCUCCUGAUGUGACAGAUGGGCCACCUGGAGCUAUUGCAAUGGCAACUAUGCUGUUGUCUCUAGGGAAACAGGUGACGAUGGUAACCGACAGGAGAGCCCUGGAGAUGAACCAGGCCCUUAUUGAUGAAGCUGUGAAAACAGGUGUGCUGAAAACUGCAAUCCCAUUGGUCACUUUUGAAGACUGUGGACCAGACGCCGCACUGCAUUUCCUGUGUCACCAUGGAGACCCCAGCAAGCCCAGGUAUGACCACCUUGUGGCGAUAGAGCGCAGUGGAAGGGCUGAAGAUGGAAAUUACUACAACAUGAGAGGCGUAAACAUCAAACAUUUGGUGGAUCCUAUUGAUGACCUGUUUAUUGCUGCCAAAGAUAUACCUGGAAUUAUCACUACAGGUAUUGGAGAUGGUGGUAAUGAGCUGGGCAUGGGUAAACUGAAGGAGACGGUGAAGAACCUGAUGCCCAAUGGGACCCUCAUAGCUUGUGAUGUUCCUGCUGAUUACGCCAUCACUGCAGGGGUUUCUAACUGGGGGGGCUAUGCUGUGGCCUGUGGGCUCUACCUGCUCCACACUUGCCCUUCACACCAGCGUUACCUAAAAAAAGGUCUUGGAGAGGAAACCCCAGCCCCCCAAGAGCAGCUGCGGGACUGGAUUGCUAACCUGCCGUCUGUGGACAAGGAAGAGUCUUUCCUCUCCACGCUGGUGCGGUUUGGAAUAAGAAGUGGGAAAACUGCUCACCUCGCCAUGGAGGUGGAUGGUUUGACCUUUCACCCCACACACUCUGACAUAAUCACCAGACUACUGGAGGUCACACAAGGCUCCACCUCUCAAAACCCCUGAUCUGCUACUCCUGUGUAUUAUCAGGAGUAUUUUUCAAAGAGACACUGUUCUCGAAAGUUAAGGAUCUCUCUUUCUAUCUUGAGCAUCAACAUAACUUUGAUAUGGUGAUAUCAUAUCAACAUGGUCUAGUGGCAGAAACUUGGACUAUGGGCAGAGAAGGUCUCUGGUUCGUCUCUGGUUCGUCUCUGGUUCAACUCCACGGAGAGACAACAAAAGACGAACCUGGAUUGAUCUGUCCAAAAAUCCAAGAGUCUCCCUACCCUGUCUAGUGCCCCUGAGCAAGGCACCUUACUCCCCCAACAUCUGCUCCCUGAGCGCCGUACAUGGUCGCUCACUGCUCUGUGUGUCCUGCACACAGAUGGGUUAAAUGCAGAGGUUGAAUUUGCCUGCCAUUGCAUGGGUGUAUUGUGCAUGUCUGUGCAUGUGUUUGGUAUGAAUAAACAUAUCUUAAUCUUAAUCAUAAUAGAAAUUAACACUUUAUAAUCAAAAUACUCUUCUGAAACUUGUCUUACAUCCCAAGAGGUACAUUGUAAAUACAAAUUAUACAUUAUGAAUAUGUGGCUGCUUUUCCAUCAAUGUUAUUACUUCCUUUUAACACUGAGUGCUCACUCCACAGAGCAACUAUUUCCCAGAUGGGAAAAUCAUUUUAGAUUUGAUGCUAAUUUGUUGCAAACCUUUUUAGAAAGUAACACCACAUUAGGAGCCAAGAAAGCAAACAGUUGUGACUUUGUUGAAUGAGGGAGCAACAAGCCGAUUAGCAGAUGUAGAGCGGAGUGUUUUGAAGACCCUCAUCAAGUCUUACCUUGUUAAUGACACUAUCCAGCUCAUCCCCAUGGGAUGUUGAUCGACCACAAAGGUGGAAUAUCUUUUAGGCACACCAUUUUACCAGUUUAUUAGUGAACAUAGCAUGAAUAACUAUGUGGGUCUGUGUCUUUUCUUAAUUUACCCACACAUGGAAUCAACAGCAACAUUAAAUUUAAACAAACUGGUCACUUGUCCAUCCUUGGAGAGGGACCUGCACUUGUGGCUCUCUCUGAGGUGUCUACGUAUUUUUAACCCUAACCCUAACAGAGAAUGUCACACCCUGUUAGAGCCCAACGAGACGAAUUGUAAUUUGUGAAUAUGGGCUAUAAAAAUAAAAUUGAUUGAUUGAUUGA